CUCGAACAUUCUCAUUUCUCAGACACCAAAUCCUAGAAAUCCCCUUCAUUUUCCCUCCUUUCGAAUUAUGCAGAAUUAGGGUUUGCUUCUGAUGUUAUCACCAACAAAUUUUGUGUUUUCUUAGUUCUUCAUGAUCAUCUCUUUACUACUUGGUUCACGUUUGUCAUCCUUCAGCAGGGACUGAAUUGUGUUGGAAAGGAUCCUCAAUUUUUAAGGAACUGUGGAAACCUGGAUUUGUAACUGGUGUUGCUGCUUCAAUUGUGGUGGAGGUCCAGAAUUUAAUUGUGUUGGCUGUCCGAAAAGCUGUAUGCAAACGUUUGUGAAGUUCAGAGAGAAAAAGAUCAUAUAAACCCUUCCUCGAGUAGAAAGAGAAAAACUACUCAAGGAAGCAGAAGUAGAAGAAGAAAGAUAUAGUGAAAGCCAUGGCAGACCAAGAAAUCCCCGAAGAUGCUAAUGAACACUGUCCAGGUCCACAAUCAGAAUCAGCUGGAAAAGCUGAUUCUUGUGCUGGAUGCCCUAAUCAAGAAAUUUGUGCUACUGCUCCUAAAGGACCUGACCCUGACUUGGUCGCAAUUGCAGAACGGAUGGCCACUGUCAAGCACAAGAUUCUUGUUUUGUCCGGAAAAGGUGGAGUUGGCAAGAGCACGUUCUCUGCACAACUUGCUUUUGCACUAGCAGGUAUGGACCAUCAGGUGGGUCUCCUUGAUAUUGACAUCUGUGGCCCAAGCAUUCCAAAGAUGCUUGGUUUGGAAGGUCAGGACAUUCAUCAGAGCAACCUUGGCUGGUCUCCUGUCUAUGUGGAGUCCAACCUUGGUGUUAUGUCUAUUGGUUUCAUGCUCCCUAACCCAGACGAAGCUGUGAUAUGGAGAGGUCCUCGGAAGAAUGGAAUUAUCAAGCAAUUCUUGAAAGACGUACACUGGGGAGAGCUUGAUUAUCUAGUGGUGGAUGCACCUCCUGGCACCUCAGAUGAACAUAUCUCUAUUGUGCAGUUUCUUCAAGCAACUGGUAUUGAUGGUGCAAUUAUUGUCACCACCCCGCAAGAGGUAUCCUUGAUUGAUGUUCGCAAGGAAGUGAGUUUCUGUAAGAAGGUUGGAAUUCGUGUUCUUGGCGUUGUCGAGAAUAUGAGUGGGUUGCAGCAACCACUUGCAGACGUCAAGUUCAUGAAAGUAUCAGGGAAAGGGGAGGAGACAGAUAUGACUGAGUGGGCAUUGAAGUAUAUGAAAGAAAAUGCUCCAGAAAUGUUGAAUUUGAUUACAUGCACUGAAGUUUUUGAUAGCAGCAAAGGUGGUGCAGCGAAAAUGUGCAGGGAGAUGGAAGUUCCAUUCCUUGGGAAAGUUCCCAUGGACCCGAAGUUGGGAAAAGCUGCUGAAGAAGGCCGGUCAUGCUUCGCUGAUCAGCACUGUGGGGCCAGUGCAGCAGCGCUCAGAAGAAUUAUAGACACACUGUUGGAGGACCCAACGAUGUCAGUGUCCAUGAUGGACGAUGGUGCCUAAAGCACUAGAGUUUGCUGAACACGAUUUAUUAUUUGGUUUUGGUUUUGACUGAUCAAAACAUGAAUUAUAGCCAGUUUUGCUUGUCUUAGAAUGGAUGUGUUUGUAUUGAUGAAGGGAUUUUGUACAUCUGUAUAUGUUUCUACUUGGUGAUAAAAUAAUACUACACGUUUUCAGAUCUGGUUCUUCUCUUUUGUUCACUGCA